AUGUUUCUCAGGACUUCCUACUCUAAAUUAAAAAGCCUUGAUUUUAAAUCAAUAUCUUCCUAUUCGCCACUACCAAUACCUUUGCCAUCAUCUCAAUUAAUAAGAUCAAAAACAUCAAACCACAAAGUAAGUAGACCUGCCACAAUAUAUUAUUUUCUCCCAAGACAAUCAAGACAAAAUCAUAAGUUGGUUUGUAGAUACUUUGCAGAGGGAUCAAAGAUUCGUUAUGAUGCCUUUCUCGGUCAUAUCAAAGCAUCGAUGGAUCUUUCACAAAUGUCCCCAUACGAUUGCUUUUCAUUAAUCUUAAAACAUAUGGAUGAUAUAAACGAGAGAUUUUGGGAAUUACUUAAUGGAUAUUUGGAGACUAGCAAGCCCCUCGCUCUCAAAUAUAUUGGAAGAAAAAGUCAUCAGCUUGGAGAAUACUAUGACAAAGCAAUAUGUUUACCUCAAGAAACCAAAAAUCUUCAACAAAUACUCAAGAAACGAUUCCCUUCUGAAAGUGGCCGUGAAUGGGUUUCAAAUGGAGAUGUAGUCAUAAAUUCAAAGGGUGCUCUAAAAGAUUUAAAGUUUGAAAAAUGGGUGGGUACAAGCAACUCACCAUCGACAUACAGUAAUAUACACACCGAUGAGAUCCAAAGUGACGCUGCUGUCGAGUCCAUCAAGAGAAUUAUCCGUGACAUCUGGCAUUAUCGAAAAGCCACCAUCUCCUCGAUACGUUUACGCUCAUGCUACAGCGAUCGUCUCACCUCGUCUGCCAGAUACCUCGGUUGUUGCAGUACCGGUUACAUUGUUCGAUCAACACCACACAUGAAAGCUGCCACACUUUUAAAGGACAUUGUCACUGUCUGCCACACAUCAAGAUCGAUUGCUUCCAAUAACAACAUCACAUUAUAUAGAAAUGAUGUAUUUGACAAACUAGUUGACUGA